CAAGCCUACGCAAAUAAACAUUGGUGAAACCCCGUGAACCACCCAAAUGCACAACCUUACGACAUGGGAGAGAUAAGAGGAAGCGAUAUUGCACACUUCUGUUUCACAUUGUUCUUUCCAUUCCCAUCAUAAAGAUCGCAGGGAUGUCUCUUGGCUUCUUCAAUGCUCUGUGUCUCUUUUGGCUAACAAAGCAUGCAGUGGACUCAGUCCAGUUGUCGGCUCCAGAGGUGGUAACAGGAGCAUACGGGGCAUCUGUGACUGUCUCUUGUCAGUACGAUCUUCAAUUCAAAGAAUACACAAAGUACUGGUGCAAAGGACCGGUCUAUGAGCUGUGUAGCAAAGUGGUGACAACACCCAGGGGGCAACAUAGUGAGAGAAGCUCCAUUGCUGAUGAUAAGGAUGCAGGAGUCUUCACUGUGAUUAUGACUUCUCUCAAAGAAAGUGAUCAGGGGAUGUACUGGUGUGUCAUCGCCAGACCUGGAAGGAACAUCUACACUGGUGUCAGGCUCCGCGUCUCCCACACAGUGAUAACCUCAACAGCCACUCCAUUACUGAUACUGGAACAAGAUGAAAUAAGUUGGUGGGCGACUCUGCGUUGGAUCCUCUUUAUUUUAAUGUUGUGUUGUUUGGCAUCAACACACUUGGCUGUGUGGAGGACAACGGCUACAAGGAAAAUACAGCUGCAACAACUAUUUCAACUCAAACAUCUAUGAUUGAAAGUCACAGGUGAAUUAUAAACUAAUUUAUACUGGGGGCUACAAAACAAAUCUUCCAGUGGACAUUCUGUCUGUGUGUGAAUUAUACUAAGAAAUAAACCAAGUGGAAAAAGUGGCUUUCGGCCUCUUUUUUCUUGGUAUCUAAAUGAUUAAAACCUGAUUAAUUUCGGUGCCAGAGCGUAAGAUAACUUUGGGCCCAACUUUUGAAUAUCCAAUCAUCUUAAAGAUUAGCACCUCUGGAGAAGUGAGGCUCUUGGCUUUCAUCUAAUUUAUUUGCAGAUGUUAUAUGGACCGUCAUAGAGGUUGACUUUUUAAAUUUAACCACAAGUUUCUAGUGGUUUUAUAAAAAUCUGAAAGUAAUGCUGGAAAAAAAAUACCUUCAGGCAUAAAGACACAAAAGUUGAAUGGUGGUGAUUUGCCACCAAUUUUUUUGUUAAUCUAAGAAAGGAUUACAGAGGUAUAUAUGAUUUCUUAGGAUUAUUAUUAUGGGACACCUACAGCUGACAUGGUAUUUUUCUGUUCAUGCAAACUGGGAUUUCUUGUUACAAUCUGUCACAGUCCAGCACUUAAACUGGGACAAAAACAGGAGGCAUACAUAACUAAUAAAGUAAUUCAUUUACUACAAAAAUAAUCAAAACAAGUCCAACAAAUAGAUGGCAGGAAGCUGUAAUGUCAGUAGGGUAGGGAGAGGAUGAGCAAAAAUAUGUUGCAUGGAAUGCUGUGCUGUAACAACAAGGAACAGAACCCAAAGGCCACAAAACAGAGGUGCUUGAGGUGAGAAAAUCUUGGCAAGGACACCUGGCUGAGGUGUGUCCCAUGCCACGGAUUACCCUCCAACAGCUCUGCAGCCCUGAAGACAGAAAGCAAAGCAACAGAAAAGCACACCAAGCAGAGGGGCUGUCCCAAAUCAAAGCUUAAUUAUAGUCGAAUUCAACCGAAAAUGUGACACAUCAAAUUCUCUAAAAGAGGCAGUGGUGGGGGCGGCCUACAGCUCACCUUGUAGAGCGCGCGCCCCAUGUAGGCUCAGUCCUUGCCAGCGGCCCAUACUCGAAUCCAACCUGAGGCCCUUUGCUGCAUGUUGUAGCCCCUCUCUCUCCCCCAUUUCCUGUCUCUCUUCAGCUGAUCUAAAUACAGGGAAAACCCUAAUAAAAACAUCUUCUAUCAGCGUGGAAGAGGCAGUGGUGAUUUGUGAUAUUUGUCAAGCAGAUUUUAUUACCCUGCUGGUUGUAGCUGCACGAUGUUGGACACUUAUGUCUGCUGCUUUUAGAGAACAGCAUGUAUUAACAAUUUUAUAAGCCACACCUGUACAAUGCAAUAAACCCUG